GCCACAACCCUGCUCAUGGAGCUUGACAUGGAUCAUCUGGCUGAGAGCAUGUCGAGAGUCUCCCGCUUAGAUAACGAAGGCGAGAUCCGUGAGCUUCUUCCUCACAUCGCUUUGAUCAAAACGCGCUGGGCAAAGUUCUGGCGUGGCCACUUCGUCUACCAGUGUACUGGCGUUGUUGCAUCCGUUUUCUACUUCUGGUCAGAGGUGAGGGACCCAAGCGAAUUGAGGAUGUCUGAUGAUGUUGGUGCCUAUGCCUCGCCUGUUUGCGUUGUGUACCUCUUGCUUCAAGUACUGCCGCUCGCGCACUUCAAUGAGAGUCUUGGCUGCGGUUUGGGAAGCUUUCAGCAAGCCAUGUUCUUGUAG